AUGUCGGAAGGAGGCGCAGAGCUCGAGCAUGGACGCCUCCACGUUGGAAAGAGGUUCUGGUUCUUGGCACUCCCCUGCCAAGCAACAGGGCUAGUCAUCCACGUCUGGCUCGUCAUCGGUAAUGUCGGUGCCGCUAUCCACGAUGGCAGGCUCGUCGCCAUCGAUGCCGCAGACAAGCUCUUCAUCGCGAGCGCCGACUAUGCGAUCAAGGCAGCAUCCAUUCGCGGCGACGCACCAACGUACGACCACCAGCUUCUCAGAUCUAUAAAGAUGACAUAUGACGGUCGAGCUGUUUUGGGGUUCCAAAUCGCAGGAGAUAUGGACGCUGCUGCGCCGCCGCCAUCCGUGCCGGAGGAGCUGCCAGUCAGGGACUGGUCGCUGUUGCCCCUCGACGUGCUUGCCUCGGUCUUCGUCAGGCUCAGCGCUGUCGACGUCCUCAGGGGCGCUGGCCUCGUGUGCCGCUCCUGGCUCCAAGCCGCCAAGGUGCCAGACGUGUGGCGUGUCGUGGACAUGGGGUACCACAAUAUCAUGUUCAAAUACGACAAGAAGGAACGUGCUGACUUAUGCGCGAUGGCGAAAGCAGCCGUCGACCGUUCCGAUGGACAGCUUCGGGAGUUUGCCGGGAUGUCGUUUGUCACCGACGAGCUCAUGCAGUAUAUCGUGGAAAGGUCACCCUCGCUGACUACCCUUCGGCUUGUAUGCUGCUGGAAGGUACACUGCUGGAAGGUCUUCAGUGCACGACUCGCUGGUGUUAUAACAGAGUUACCUCUCAACAAGCUCCAAUCUCUUGAACUUGACUACAUUGAUCUUCUCGUGGGAGAAUUAGUCGCCAUCCUUGAGAACUGUCCUAACCUGGACGUUCUUACCGUGCGCGAUUGCUCAGGGCUAGACGAGGAAGACGAGCCGGUCUUGCGAGAGAAGUUUGCCCGGAUUAAGAAUCUGAUAUACGACUGUGUUGGUGAGUGCUUUGAUGACUGUUGGUACGACUAUGGUGACUAG